GUCCCGUCCAACCAACAGCCUCGGUUCAGUCGCAAGCCCGCUUUCCAUGUAACCUAAGAACCAUAUGAAAAUUAGCCUUCUACUCAAAGCAAAUCAGUCGCUUUCACCAAGGCUUUCGGCUUAUCUGUGCGUAAGUGAAGAAUGUUUAUUAAAGUUUGCCAUUCCACGAUCGCGCAAUGCCGACGAUGACGGUGUUCCCUAUCUACUGCGAUGAAUGGGAUGAAAUGAUAAACUUGGCAAAAGCGAGGAGUUUAGUGUCCUUGGCGGUGAUUUCAUAGCCCAAUACUGUGGCAUCUGGGAUAUAUAAGAGUGUGAGGAUGGAAAGAGCAGCAGCAAUCAGCAGACCAACAUUCCUCUCAUACCUUUCUCCUGAGUAACAGACAUCAUGAAACCAUCAAUAGUCUCCCUCCUGUCCCUGGCUUGCUUCGCGGCAGCUUCCCGCGAGGGCGCUCCAAUCAUGAGCCAUCUUAUGUCUCUCAAAACGGAGCAUCGCGAGCGAGCCCGGGCCCAGGGUCUAUUCAAACCAAAUAGCUAUAUUGACCUCGGGAAGACGCCCUGUGUGAGUGGCAAAGCAGGAGAAUAUUCCUGUGAGAACGUUGAUCUCCUUGGUUUCCUCAGCCACCAAGCCAUGGGCAGCACGACCCGGGAGGGAAAUGAUAUCUGGGGAUGGACAUCAGCCGAUGGUCGUGAAUUCGGUGUCGUUGGCCAAACGGACGGAACGGCGUUUGUAGAAGUUCUGGAGGAUGGCAGUGUGCAGUAUGUCGGCCGUCUACCGACGCAGACAACGGCCACUAUUUGGCGAGAUAUGAAGGUGAUUGGGGACCAUGCAUAUAUCGGGUCGGAGUCACCGGGCCAUGGACUUCAGAUCUUUGACUUGAAGAAGCUUCUCGACACAGACAGCAAUAACCCGACCAAUUUCUCGACAACAGAAGACCUAACGGCUUGGUAUAGCGGUUUUGGUAGCUCGCAUAAUAUCGUCGCGCAUGAGGAAACCAACAUGAUCUUCGCCGUCGGUACGGCUAGGAACCUAUCCUGCGCUGGCGGUCUGUGGAUGCUCGAUGUGUCUGAUCCUGCGAAACCGACGUCGCCUGGAUGUGUCAGCGAGGACGGUUAUGUGCACGAUGCACAAUGUGUGAUCUACACUGGCCCCGACAAGAAAUACACCAAUCGCGAGAUCUGCUUUAACUACAAUGAAGACACCCUCACCAUCGUCGACAUAACAGACAGAGCGUCCCCCAUCCAGAUCUCCAAAACCCCCUAUGUCGGAGCAAGCUACACGCACCAAGGCUGGAUCGCAGUCUCCGACAUGUCCUACCUCCUCCUGGACGACGAACUGGACGAACAAGAUGGGACAGGCGAAGCCGCUAACGGACACACAACGACCUACAUCUUCGACAUCAAGAAGCUGGCGAACCCGAAGCAUACGGGGACUUACCAGUCUCCCGUGCGGUCAAUCGACCAUAACCAGUAUGUCAUUGAUGGGCUGACGUACCAAGCUAAUUACGGGAGCGGAUUGCGCAUCGUCGAUGUUAGUUCUAUUAAGGACGAUCCGACGGGCAAGGGGUUCAAACAGGUUGGUUUCUUUGACUGCCAUCCUGAAGAUGAUGCCCAGGGUGGGGAGGUGGAAUUUGUGGGUGCCUGGAGUGUUUAUCCUUAUUUCCGGAGCGGACACAUUCUGUUGAAUAGUAUUGAGAGGGGCGUCUACUCGUUGAAGUACACUGGAAAGGCUUGAUCGCAUGUGGGUUCGUGUAUAUGAAACAGAAGAGAAAGGAAAUGAAAGCCUCUGACAUCAUCUCUCGGGAGGUUCUCAUCUUCUAGA